ACUUUAUCAACCGUGGUAAGCGUUACUAAGAGUUAGUUUUAAAAGUACAGUAGAACAGCAAGGAUGGCAUUAUUGGAAAGAUUUAAUAGAGUUUCAUUGAAAAAGAGGCCCCGGUUUUCCUCUAUAAUGGGCUGUGUGAAUGGAAAGAGUUUUCUGACUGACGAGGAUAUCGUCUUCAUUGCUCGUAAUACAGCAAUGGAUCAGGAACAGGUUGAGAUUCGCUACCAGAACUUUCUAUCCAAACACCCAGACGGUAGAAUCUCAAGGAAAUCCUUUCAUGAUAUGAUGAAGGAAUGCUACCCUGGAACAGAUACUGAGAAACUGGAAAAACAUAUAUUCCGAAUGUACGAUACUAACGAUGACGGACAUAUUGAUUUCCGUGAAUUUAUGAUUGUCCUCUACGUCCUAUCUAAUGGGUCCCCAGAAGAAAACUUAAAACAGAUAUUCAGAGUCUUUGAUAUAAACAACGAUGGAUCGAUCAGCUUGAAGGAACUGAAGAGGAUUGUUAAAGAUCUCUUUCAUCUGAUCAAUGAGGAGAAUGUUGAUCAAGCUAGCCAUGAUGUUCUAGCUAACUCAGCUUUCUCUGAAAUGGAUGAGAACAAGGAUGGAGAAAUAACUCAAGAGGAAUUUAUUGAGGCAUGUAUGCUGCAGAAGAAGUUCUCGACCAUGCUCACACUAAGAAUAAUCGACAUUUUCGUCGCCGAAUGACAGCAGAAGGACGGGUCGACUUCAACCUCUCGAAGAUCGUCUCGGUUGUCUGGCGAAUCAUCUAAAUCUUCUAAAUCUUAAACUAUUGCAUUGUCAAUAUGUACAUUCUGAUUUCACAGUGGUCAUCCCUGCAAGCUCAAAGUGAAACUAUUCCAGUAAUUCUGUCGAAAUUUUUGAUUGAAAAAGUGUUUUACGUUGAAAAAAAAGGCUUUGAUAUUCUUAAUAUAUCCCUUAUUGUUUACAAUUAUAAAAAUAUUGAUUUUUCAGAAAUUGAAACCGGUGUUAGUUAGUUUUUUAAGUGUUUCUAGUCAUUCACUGUAAAAUAUUAGCACAUCUUUGAGAAUUAACUAUUUGUAUUUUUUUCCCAAACCUUUAAGCUUAAUAUAAAUAUGUAUUCCAAACAAUCAACAGAGUAAACUGUUUUUAAUGCGCGCAUAAAAGAACUAAAAAAUCGCCACAAAAUGUUCUUAAUCCCUUUACCAUAAAGUCAAAGUUUCAAAUAUUCACGAAUUACCCCAUCAGGUUGUAAAGAUAUAGGAAUUAUAAAUUAGAGCUUGUUGCAAAUAAUCAGUUUUUUUGUAUCUCAAAUGAAUCGAGUCUCUGUCAUAAAUUUGAAUUAACUGACCCCGAUAUCUUUGCUGCCUGAUGAUGUAAAUCUUUCAUAUUUUUAAUUGUUUGAUUAUUUGAUCUUACAUAAUUCAUAGUAUGAAAUAUCAGAUUUAGAGAUUAGUAAAUCAGAGUUUGUGACGAUCACUCAAUUUCUUUUUGACAAAAACAGAUAAUGUAAUAACAAAAAUCGAAACUGAAAAAUGAUAUACAUUUUAAAAUAUUCCCUUUCUCUGAAAAUAUUUUGGCUCGGAGGAAUGAACACUUUAAGAUAAUCAUGUUCAAGAGAGCUGGUCAUAUCUAUUUUUUAUUGCGACCCCCCUACCGUAACAGCGCGUCCACCCUACCUUAACUGUGCGUACACCCUACCUUAUCUGUGCGUCAACCCUACCUUAUUUGUGCCAACAAUAUUAAAAGCGACAAUUUUUGGCGAUACAAUGUUCUAAACAAAUUGAAGCAUUAAAAACUUUUGAAACUAUGAUAAUUUUGCAUCAAUUGAAAUGAUUUCUUGCAAAAAAUUAAAGUUAAUAAAAUAAAAUAAAAUAUUAAAAUGUC